AUGCCCAGCUAUUUUGUGGAAUUGAGACAUACAGCUACCCAUGAGAAACUUCCUAGUCUAGCCCUAUUGAGAACCACCGCAAAAAAUGCCCUUAAUUGGUUGUACGACAACUACUGGAAUAAAAUAGAAGACAUAGAAUCAGAUAUCGAAGAUGAGGUUGAAGAAUUGUUGCUGGAACGUGACCAGAUACUUAUUCAGGAUGCUGUGAAAGCAAGUGAUUCUAGUAUAAAGGAGUUGGUGGCUAACUUGAAAGUGUACAAAAAAAUUAGAAAGCAAGACUUGAACUUUAUCUACAAAUUCGGGAACUCCUCUGACACCGGUAAAAAGUACUGGAAAGCGGUGCUGAAGAUCAAGUCCAUACUAGCAUCCAACCCUCAAAUCACAUUUAGAGUGUUAAUAUUCAAGGACUUUUUGAUAUACAACAAGAUGGACCCGGUCAAGGCCAAGAAGAUCAACCUGUUCUUAGCUAUUCUUUUCAAGCUUUAUAAUCCGUUGUUGGAGGAGUUGGGGCCUUACUUUAAAAGGCAAUUAUAUGAGGUUAUUUUACGUCUGCUCAAACUGGAGUUUACUAUGGUGGAAACUCAAAUCAAUAAGAAGCUCGGGUUUGAAAUCACUCACGAGUAUGAGACGACUCAGCUAUGUGGAUGGGUGGUGUAUUUGUACUCGUCAAUGGAUGACCAAGGCAAGAAGAGGAUUGGUUCGCUAUUGCAAGAUAUCAGCUCUCUCAACGACGAAUCCAAAAUGGAGAUUCUUCAAGGUUUGAACAAAAUUGAGCUUUUAGAAGACGAGAAACAGCAAGUGGAAGUGGUGCAUGAAAGUGUGGGAAAAAGGUUGAAGCUCAAGAAGUACGAGCAGGUAGAGUCACUUGACUCUAUACUUGGCACUCAAGCCCCUGCUUUGAAAAAGCAGAAAAUACAACCCAGUGACGACGUUUCGACCUCCAAAAAAACCUAUUUCUUUGAGCCCCACGCAAAAUGGACUGCCACUCCUUUUGGCUCCAGCGUGUAAUGUACCACCAUCUGUAUUUUAUUGUAACAUAGUCAUAUAUAACUAUACGGUUUUAUCGACAGGUAUGCUAACUCGCGCUUUAUCUAAUCGCACACUUAGGCACAAAACAUCAUCACUAGAACAGAAGGCAACCUCAAUCAAAUACGACUGUCUGACCAAACAAAUCAAACAUCCAUGCCAUGAGUCCUCAAUGGCUUCCCCAGAACAUACAGAAGAGGCUCUUGUUGUACGUGCUACAGCAACUCUCGUUGUUCUCCGAAAUCGAUCUCCCUAAUCUUGAGGAAGUAUCACUCAAUAAUAUCCACCUCAAAGACAUCUCGAUAGACCCCGAAAAAGUUGGAAAACUCCCCGGAUGCAACCUUCGGUACGGCCAGCUUGGAAGCUUGGAGUUGAAUGGAGGUGUCAUGGGAGGAGUCAAUAUUGAGGUAAACAACUUAGAUAUUGUGAUUGCCCCAAACUUGGAUAUAAACGAAGAUAUCACCAAGAGUGUCCAGCUACUGUUGGCGCAAAGCACGGCUGACUUGGCUCAGACAAUAAUGCUCAACCAAUCUGAAGUACUACAAAUGGGAUCUCUCGAGGAUACAAUCGAACUUCAGGAUCCAACAUGUAUACAACCCGAUGUCGCUAUCGACACCAGCAACUCGGACCUGUCCAAGUCUUCUGCAUCAUCGGCAUCUUCUCCUACGAUACCGAAGCCCUCUGCAUUGGGGGGUGUAAUGGCUCGUGCUGUGGAUAUGGCAUUGCUGAGGUUGCAAGUUUCCAUCAAGAAUGUGAACAUCAAGCUUUUAUCGGAGCUAACUGAUAUUGUCAUCAAAGUCGAAGAAGCCACGUUGAGUACCGUGAGUGGGACUCGUACAACUCAUCUAAAAGGUGUGAGCGUGAUAACUCUUAGACCUGCUUGUAGUCCUGGUGACUGUGAAGCCUCGAAUAAUGAAUCUAAGGACCUGACUUCAGGUACAAAGGAAGAAGAUAGUGACACCAGCAGUGAUGAUGACAACGAUGAAAUCGAUAGCUCGUUGAUGGACAGCAUGGUAUUCACUCACGAAGAAGCCAGUUCCAUAUAUAUGAGUGCAACAUCCCAAUCCUUUAAGCCAGACAGAACCGAAGCAACCCCUACGCUUUGUGAUAAGGAUCCUAACAAGCUGGAUAAUGUUAUAAUGUAUAUGGACUCACUUGAUGUGGAAUUCGAAGGUCUUAGUCUGAUAUCCAAUGUGUUUGUGGAAAUUGAAAAGUUAACAUUGUCUUGCAGCCCUUUGGUGCCUACUGUUUUGUCAGUUAUAAAUGGCAUUUCGAGAAGUUUGAAGUUGAAAAUAUACCAGAAGCGAAAAUCAACCACUUCAACAUAUCAAUCCAAUCCCCGUUUUCCGCAAUACGCCUCUCAAAGUGAUGAUAUCAACGAAACUUAUGACAAAGACUUUGAGGACGAAGAUGAUAAACACAAUGGGCCUGAUUCCAGUACUUCUGGUGACCAGCAGCAACUCUUCAACCGUCUUCAUAUAGGUGAGAUAAUUUUAAGUGUCACCUCAGCUUUGAAUCUUUCUGGUGAAUUCUUAUCACCAAACAACAAUUUGUACUUGAGCGUACAGAAUUUCAACAUAAAGCAAAAACAUGAUACCCUUAUUUAUGGGGGUCUUGAAACCUUCCAAAUCAUCAAAACCACUGAUGGAAAGGCAGAAAAUGUGUUGGAAUUUGAACAGUCCGUAUCGGAAGAUGGUGAACCUCCUAAAGCAGACAUAAGAUUCGAGAUGUUCUCUAAAAUAUCCAGUGACUUCAAGAUUAAUGAGUUUACGGCGUUGAUAUCAAAACCAGGGAAGGUAAACUUGGACUCUUAUUCUUUGGGACAUAUUCUGGAGUUGGUGGACUCAUUCCAGAUUAUCAACUCACAUUUGACCGGCUUAUUUGCAAAUUAUGAAAACUAUAAAAGGUUAUCCAACAACGAUAUUAAACCAAACGUCAAAAAGAAUAAAAUAGACAACCAUUUGGUCCUCCAAACAGCUCAUAUGACUAUGCACUUAGAUUUGUCAUCGGAUUGUAGGAUCUGUGUUCAAAUUCUUCCCAUAUUUGUCAACCUGUUGAAUAAUGAAAUGAAAUGUCAAAGGGUCAUAGUGGAACACCAUAGAGAUGGAGGCGUUGAUAAGAUUGCAUCUAUCUCCAAUAUUUUUUUGUCUACUAAAGCACAAGAUUUCAAGACUUUUAUAAGUCAUAAUCAUUUAUUUUCUAGAGAUAUCAACGUGAUCUCUUCUACCAAUGUAAGGGUUUCCAAAAUCAACGUCGACCUACUGUUCACAUUAUUGAAGCAUAUUAUCUUGUCUUUUGGCACGUUCAAUGGUAAUUUGAAAUCAAUUCCCAAGAGGUAUAACCUAGUUUCAAUGAACUCGGGUUCGGUGUACAAUCCUAAAAAACUCAAGAAACGGGUGAAUGUAACUACAACAUCCACGAAAAAUACUGCUGAAUUCAACGUCACUUUUGAAGAGGCUAACUUCAGCCUUAAUGAAAUUAACAAACAGUUCGGUUCUCUUCUUGGGAGAGCAGUAAACAUAUCGUUGUUUGAGUUUAACGGUGAGCACAAUUUUGUGUUGAAAGGGGUCAAGUUAAACAGAGUUCUGGGUGACUUGAAUGAGAAAAUCUUCUACAAUUAUGAAGAACGUUCGUUGACUGACAUCUCGGAACCAUUGGUACUUGGUCAGCUCAAAAAGAACGGCUCGACGGAGUUGAAAUGUCAACGAUUCGUUAUUGAGUUCUAUGCCCACUGGCAGAAGCUUUUUGAAAAUCCAAAUGAAGAGAUUAAGGACGAUCUUAACACAUUUACAAAGGAUACAACGGAAGAAUUGAAGAAGACCGAUGUUAGAAUCCAGUUAAAGGACUGUUUCUUUGGUGUUACUCCUAACACCCUUAUAUGUAAGUCGUAUUUGAAUGCGAGCAGGGUCAACUGUGACCUAAUGCUCGGUGGUGAGCAGCUUUACAUAAAGACAACCGUAAGAGAGUUGAGCUUGUUGUUGAUAGAUGAUUUGAAAGAGCUCAGAUCGGUUAGCAUCAAUAAGAAAUAUCGGUACAGUGUUAAUCCUUUGGAUUUCUUCUUAAAAAGGGGGUUUCUAAACAUUGGUAAUAUUGCCAACUUGCACAUUGGGAUCACUUACAACUUCAAUAUUGAAAAGCUUUUGGAAAAGCUGUCCAACAAGAAUAUUUAUAACAAGUUAUCUGCCUUGGAUAUCAAGGUCAACUUAGAUGAGUGUAUUCUUGAGACGUGUGGUGACUCCUUCUACACAUUCAUUCAGCUCAUAAAUGACUUAAAGAUUCCCUUAGUUUUGAAAAACGAAGAGAAGUUCAAAGUGAAUCUAGAACAUGAAAUUAACUUGUUGGAGGGAAUUGAUGAACUUGAACGUCCGAACCCAUCAAAAAUCGAUCUGUCCAUUGAAGACCAACAUACUGAUAAUGACAAGGAUUUCGAGAUCGGGAUAGAUAACUUGAGUGUUGACAACAACUAUUUCAGCAAGAAUAAAUCUUCUCAGAAACAAACAGUGGAUCCUGUUAGCAUCAGUGUGAAUGUGGGUAAAGCCAACUUGUAUAUGUAUGACGGCUAUGAUUGGAAAGAAACAAGAAAGGUGAUUAAAGGAGUUGUCAAGAAGGUUGAAAAGGAAUCGUCUGAAGCAGGAGAAGAUCAUGAUUCAAAUGACGAGACUGUUGAUGACCACUUGGAAAUAAUUCAAGAAACUUUGUUCCAAUCUAUUCAUGUCACGUUACCGAAAGGCAUUGAUCCUAGUCAAUUGACUCAGAACAUUAACAAACAGGUAACUGAGAAUGCUGAUGAUGGCAAUACUGAUGGAACGGGAUAUAAGAAUCUUAAGUUAAAGAGAUCCAACAGAUAUAAGAUGCUAAUUGAGUUGAAAAGUAUCGAUGUUAUUGUGAAUGUUUUCACUUUGAGAAGCCCUGAUGAAGAACCUAUACCUGUCCACAAGGAAUAUGAAGUGUUGAACGAAAUUGAGUUGGUGGUCGACUUGGUGACCAUAUACGACAAUUUGCUCAACUCUACCUGGAAUAAAUAUCUAAGCUAUAUGAACAGUAUCGGUGAGAAAGAAAUCGGAAAGAAUAUGAUUAAAUUCAACCUAACAACAAUCAGAGAUCCUGUUAGUUUGAAUUUCAAUGAAAGUAUUUUAAGAAUUUCAAUAUUACCACUUCGUUUGUUUAUCGAUCAAGACACAAAUGAGUUCUUGGUAAGAUUCUUCAACUUCAACGAUAAAAGAUUCAAGUUGGAAAAGCUUGAGGAGGACAUAUAUGUGAAGAAGAUAGAAAUUCGCAAUGAUAUCAAGAUCAAGGUCGACUACAAGCCUAAGAAAUUAAACUUGAUUGGACUCAAGAAUGGGGAAUUUAACGAAUUGUUGAAUUUGAUUCAUAUAAAUGGACUUACGAUUAACUUGAAUCAUAUUAAACUUUAUGGGAUUAAAGGUGGGGAUCAGAUAUUUGCAAGAUUGUUUGAAUACUGGCUUCCCAAUAUCCAACAAACCCAGUUGGUCAAUCUAUUCAAUGGAGUGGAAAUAUUUAAACCUUUCUUCAGCAUCAGCGAGUCCUUGAAAAAUGUGGUUUUAUUGCCCAUCACCGACUAUCACGAUUUGAACAAUCAGAAGUUUUUGAAGAAGUUGAACAAAAAUGGAAAGGAGUUUUUCAAGAUCACCAGUUAUGAGCUUUUGAAAUUGGGAUAUAGACUCACCAAUGGAACCCAAAACUUAUUGGAGCAUGGAGAAGAAAUUUUAGGAGGUACAGGGUCCAAGUUGAGAAAUCAUAAAGUUCGACAACGUAAAACAAGUGCUGGAGAUACCCAUCUUAAAUUUGAUAAUGCAGAUAUCAUCAGUGAGGACGAGACAGAAGAAGAAGCGGGCCUCUUGGAGAACUCGAUCCGGUUGAACAAGAAUACUAAGAGACUCGAAAGCCGGAACAUUUACCACAAUCCGCACACCAAGAAAUACUCUGAAAUCGAAGAGGAAGCAGAUGACACCGGAGACAGCAGCGAAGAAGAGAUUGAAGAAACCAAGCUCGUCAGUCUCUAUUCCAACCAGCCUAAAAACUUCAAACAAGGAAUUCAAUUAAGCUUUAACUCUAUCAACAAAAACUACAACCUCACCAAAGAUGAGUUCUUGAAGUUGAUAGAACGCAUCAAUGAGUCCGAGACUUAUGAAGACUCCCUCAAGAUCAUCUUGAAGAAGUCUCCACUCUUGUUACUCAGACCGAUGAUAGGCACCACCGAAAUGAUCCUGAAAACCCUUAUUGGGUUAAGUAAUGAAAUCAGCAGCACGGAACACCUCGAGUCGAAAGACAAGUAUAAGGAGUGAUAUCCGGGUUUGUAAAAAAUAUAAAUUACACGUCUA